UGCUCGUCAACAACACCCACACGGACACGGACAUACCCACACCCACACCACAAUGACAGCCACCCUCUCCCCCUCGGAGCGGAGCUACAUCCUCACCGGCCUAACCCAGUCCCCCGCGACGCGGCUCGACGGCCGCGGCCUCCUCGAGCCGCGCGCCGUGCAGGUCAGCUAUGGCGCUGCGCCCGCCGCCAACGGGAGCGCGCGCGUGCGCGUCGGCGAGACCGAGGUCGUCGCGGGCGUCGUGUUGGCCGUUGGGGACGCGGGGGCCAAGGGCAAGAUCGAGGUGGACAUCACCCCCCAGGCGUACCCGCACGCCUCGUCCUCGGACCUGACGCAACAGUCGUCGUACUUUGCGACGCUCCUCAACGAGCACCUGCUCCCCACGAUCCCGGCCCUGCGCAUAAGCGACAAGAAGGCGUUCGUGCCGACGCUGCACCUGACCCUCAUCUCGGCCGACGGCGGGGUGCUCGCGACGCUGGCGGCCGCGGCGCGCGCGGCGCUCGGCGACCUCGCCGUCCCGCGCACCAAGGAGAUUGGGUGGGAGGGCGCCGUGAGCGACGAGAAGGACAUGGCGGGCAUCAAGGGCGCGGUCGGCGGCGCGAAGGGCAAGGGCCGCGCGCGUGCGCGUGGAGCCGACGACUGGGACCUCGAGGGCGGCGGCGAGGAGGCACCCUUGGACGGCCGCGACGAGCUGCCCGUCCUCGUCACGCUCUUCCUCGUCCCCGGUUCUGAGGUGGUGUUCGUCGACGCUACGCCCCAGGAGGAGGCAGCGUGCCCCACCCGCUUGCACGCCCUCGUCCGCCCCAAUGGAAGGAUAUGCGGCGCACGGCUCGAGGGACAGGACGGUAUCGACGCUGCGCGUGUGCGGCCCCUCUUCGAGGAAGCCCAGCGCAUCGGCAUCGACCUCGCGGCCGCCCUCAACGCCGACCUCCCAUGAAACUCCGCCACCAUGUUGUAACACCUAUG